UUAACUUUUUAAUUAUUUUUUUUCCCUUUUUGUAUGUAUGGGUCAUUUGUAGGUAACAUAUUUGGAUUAACCGUCAAAGCACGCGGAACUCUUCUGUAAUGGAUUCUUUGACAGUCGCCUGUUUGGUGCUGGUUAUUGGCCUUGCUCAGAGAGAAGCCGCUGUGAUACCGGAUACUCCAAAAGAGUCGAGGCAGCUUGUCUACGACCUCGUUGUUGAAGAAUCUGAUUUCACAACUGGCGUACAAAAUUCUGCAAAGAAAGGAGGCUCGUUGGCGAAGAGAGUAAAAGGUGGCGACAAAGCGGCAGACUGGUCCAUUAUUUCACGAAUAGAGAAAGGAAAACAGCAUGUGUGUGCUGGUGUAAUUCUUGGCAAGAACUGGAUAUUAACAGAAAAGAAUUGUAUUGAUCAAAAAAAUUUAGAUGCAUUUAAAGUCGUCAUUAGGCCAGCUGACUACAAAACUACACUGAAAGAAAUAAAAUACAAUAUUGAAACAGUUGUGGUGGACCAGGGCUCUCCUAUCCUGUGUCAGAAAAGAAAGUUGUACUUACGAGGACUUUAUUCAGGGGGCAGUCAGUGCAAGAAAAUUGGUGAAAACUUUCAAGUUACACAGCUGUCCUACUUCACAGACUCAAUCUACAACGCAAUGAAGGAAUAUAAAGACUCUGAAGAAGGAAAUGGCGGAAAAGGUGGAUCCGGUAAAGGUGGUAACAUAGGUAAUGGAGGCAAAAAUGGAAACGGCAGCGGAAAAAACACAGGCGAUGGCGGUAAAAAUGGAUCAGGGGGCGGAAAGAACACAGGCGAUGGCGGUAAAAAUGGAUCAGGGGGCGGAAAGAACACAGGCGAUGGCGGUAAAAAUGGAUCAGGGGGCGGAAAUAACACAGGCGAUGGCGGUAAAAAUGGAUCAGGGGGCGGAAAGAACACAGGCAACAAUAAUUCUGGAAGUAAAAAUGAAACAAAUGGAAAUGGUAACGGUGAAGGCAACACAACAAUUAUUGUGAUACCGCCAUUCGGGGGCAACGGUGGAGGUUCCGUGAAUACAGGGGAUGAUGAUUGCGGCCCACCACCUAGUGUAAAGAAAGGCACUGUUAUUUUGGAUGACCCAACUAACACACUAGUGGAUGCCACUGCGUCUGUGAGAUGUAGUGAAGGGUUUAAUGCUAAAAGUGACACAAUUAAAUGUCUACCCAAACAGAAAUGGCAAACUCCAAAAUGCGUAGAGAUCGAUUGUGGACCGGUACCAGAUAUGGAAAAGGGGAAGGUAGUUCUGGAUGAGUCAAGUAUAACGACCAUUGGUGCCACGGCUACAGUCGUUUGUGACUCGGGAUUUAGGACAAAAAAUCCUUCGAUCAAAUGUUCAUCAGAUGGUCAAUGGGAGAUACCUGUCUGCAAGAAAAUAUUUUGUAAUGCUGUGCCUGAUGUUGACAACGGACAAGCUGAGUUAGAUAAUCCACUUGAACGAGGAGUAUUUGCCUCGGCUACAGUACAAUGUGAUUUGGGUUUUGAGAAGAAGAAAGAUUUCAUACUUUGUCUGAAAACUGGAGAUUGGGAGGACGGAGCCUGUUUAAAGAUAGAUUGUGGCGAGAAACCUGAUGUAGAAAACGGCGAUGUUGAUUUGGAUGACCAAAGUAACACGUUUCUGGAUGCCACCGCUUCAGUCACAUGCAACGUAGGCUACAAAUCUAAGUAUGGCAUUAUAAAAUGUCUGCCGAACCAUCAAUGGGAAGUUCCCGAAUGUAUUGAAAACGUAUGUGGCCCUUUACCGGAGAUCAAAAACGGCAGCGUGGUACUAGAUGAUCCAAACAAUAAUCGCAUUGGAGCUACUGCCAAAGUUGAUUGUGACAGUGGUUUCAUUAAAGAGAAAAGAUUCGUAACAUGUCAACUGAAUGGCGAGUGGGAAACAAGCUCGUGCACUCCAAAAGAUUGUGGACCGUUACCUGAUAUGGACAAAGGCACUGUUGCCCUUGAUGACGAAAGUAAAACGACAUUUGGGGCCACGGCUUCGGUCAAAUGUUACUUUGGAUUUAGACCUGUAACUUCGCCGAUCAAAUGUUCGUCCAGUGGCAAAUGGGAGGACCCUUACUGCAAGAAAAUAUUUUGUAGUGAAAUACCUCAUGUUGAAAACGGGAAAGCUGUACUGGAUAAUCCUCUUGAACGAGCAAUAUACGCCUCAGCUACUGUGCUUCACUGUGACAUUGGUUACGAAAAGAAAAAAGAUUAUAUCCUAUGUCUGUCAAGCGGAGAAUGGGACACCGGGGCUUGUGUAAAGAAAGAUAUUGUAGUUAACGCCUGUGAUUUCGAGUCCGGAGAUUCUCCCAUGUGUGGGUGGCGAACGGUUCUUGGUUCUGAUAACUACAUUUGGACACGUCACAGUGGCAAGGCUGAUACCCCGUCAACUGGACCCGAUUCCGACCACACAACUGGCAAGUACUGGGGCCAUUACCUUUACCUAGAUGCAAACUCGGGAAAAAAUGGUGAGAUUGCAAAAGUUCGGCUGGGCCCAAUAUCUGGAGAAAUCAAAUACUGUUUUUCGUUUUGGUAUCACGUGUAUGGUGAAAGUAUAAAUUAUUUGGCCAUCACUAUAAAGGAUAUCAUUACCAAGGAACACAGAGAACUUGCUCGUAUAGAAGGUGACCAAGGUAACAAAUGGCACAAGGUCAUGAUUCCUAUCCAAUCCAAACAAGUUCCUAACGAGUUCAGUAUUACUGUAGAGGGUAGUCGAGGUAAAGGAGUGACGUCAGAUUAUGCCAUUGAUGAUUUGAUUCUCUCAAAAGGAUCAUGUGGAGAUUGUGAAGAUUUACCGAAAGUGGCACGUGGUGACGUAAAGCUUGUUGACCGUUCGGAAACUGAGAUUGGAGCUAAAGCCAAAGUCACGUGUGACAAGGGAUACGAACCGGAGAAAGCCACUAUUCAAUGUCUUAUUAGCGGUAAAUGGGAAAAACCAUACUGUUCUCCACCAGAUUGUGGUACGGUACCGGACGUGUAUUACGGAAGUGUUAAAUUAGAAGUUAGAACAGACUCGACACUCGGGGCUGCCGCUGUCGUUAACUGUAACUAUGGCUAUACGGCCGAGAAUGAGAAAAUAACUUGCCAAGCCAAUGGUAAAUGGGAAGCCCCUAGAUGUAUUAAAGUAUAUUGCAGCGACAAACCUAAAAUAAUUGGUGGGCGCGUGCAACUUGAUGAUGAUAAUGACGUCAGUGUGGGUGCUACGGCCACAGUCCUUGUCUGUAACCUCGGAUACAAACUUAACAAGGACAAAAUAUCGUGUUUAGGUACCGGGGAAUGGGAUAACUCCGGUUGUGUUUUGCUAGAUAAUCUAGUUUUGGCUUGCGAUUUUGAAUACCACGAAGAGCCGACGUGUAAUUGGAGGUCCGAGGGUCUGGAGAGGUACACUUGGACGCGGCAUCACAAGGACACGGAUACGUGGCAUACAGGCCCGGAAUCGGACCACACGACAGGACAUUAUUGGGGACAGUAUUUGCUGUUGGAGGCGAACCCACCUGCCAAAAGCGGCGACGUCGCUAAAUUCUAUAUAGACGUUCCCGGGGACCAACAUUACUGUCUUCAAUUCUGGUACCAUAUGUAUGGAUCUAACAUUAAAUACAUGUCAGUAUUUAUUGAGGAAUCUACAUCAAAGACAGUCACAGAAAUAAAACGUAUUAAAGGUAACCAAGGCGAUAAAUGGAAACAGCUCAUGUUAGAUAUCCGUGGCAAACCUAUAGACAACGCAUUUUCAGUGGGUAUACAGUGCGAGAGAGGCUCUGGAUUGAAGAGUGACUACGCCAUUGAUGACGUCAUUUUAACAAAGGGGUUAUGCAAAGUGUACAACUUGUUAAACUGAGCCAAUGAUGGAAUGCGUAACUGUGUGAUUUAGUUACAUUUUUCCUUUUAAAAAGGAGCUGAGGGCAACGUGGAACGUUUUACAGUUUUAACACUUUUUUACUUUGUUUUCCGAUAUGGCAAAAUACACAAAUUGUUUAAUCUGACCAUUUAAUCGUUUUAUUCUGCAUUGUUUAACAAUUUAAUUGUUUUUAAUCUGGUGAUGCUUAUCAAUAAUUUGUUUAUUUUAGCACAGUUUAACAUUAAUAUUUUUUACUCUGA